AUGGCUAUUAAACAGACUGACACGGAAAAGGGUCGCACUACCAGGGCAAGAGUUCCCACUUCAUGCUUUAUGUGCAGAAAACGGAAAAGAAAAUGUGAUAAAAUAAAGCCAUUUUGCACCAACUGUAUUACAAACGGUAAUACUGAUAAGUGCACCUAUGAAAAGCAACCAUGGAUGGAAAAUGGCACGGAGUCCCAAGUAUCAUACAUCUCUGGUGAUAAGGCGAGGUUAUUGCAGGAUACUGUGGAGAUGUACCAGAAGUUAGAUGUUUCUCCAAUUGGCAGCACAUCUUCCAAUACUUCCAACAAUUUUUCUAAUACAUCCUCCAACAGUUCCAACACAGAUACCCAAGCUACAGAGGAUGAUGCCACAGUUGGAUUAAGCAAGGCAUUUGAUGGUCUCACAGUCAAGGAAUCUGUUCUCACAUACUAUGGGCCCAACUUCGUACAUGUCUGUGUUUAUGAACGAUAG